ACCGACGCUCUCGACCUAUGCCACCACCGGGCAGCACCAUCGUCGCUGCCGCAGACGAUGUAGACAGCCUGUAUCAUAAUCCAUUUGCUGCAUCUUCGUCUACCAGCUCGUUCUCGUCGGCGUACACACCCAAGGACGCCCAGAUUGGGGCGAGGCCGACGCUGAGGCGUCGCGGAUCAGAAGGUCCUGCAAGGCGGUCGAGGAACGACCACGAUCCAUUCGCAGAUGACACGGCGGCGGCGGCGCAUGUGAGGUCUAGGACGAUGGGUGCCGUCGUGGGCAGUAGCAGCGCGACCAGUCUCAGACAUCCCCUUGCCAUCUCGAGUCUUGGCUCCAACGCCAGCUCCAGCCGUUCUUCCCUCACUGACACCCGGCCUCGCCUAAAGCGUCUUUUGAGUAACUUGGAGACUACAUCUACCCCACAUCACGAAGAGGGGGAGGAAUCAGGGCUUGCGACGUCUCCCACGAACGACGCAAGGCUGAAAGAGCGGCUCGUCAUUGUAUCUUCCAAAGACUCUCUACCAGGCGUCGCCCUCAAGUAUGGCAUUUCUCUGGCAGAUCUCCGGCGCGCGAAUCAGAUGUGGCCCUCAGACCAAAUACACCUCCGCAAAGUCCUCUACAUCCCACUAGACAAGUCGCAUAAGGCGAAAGACUUCGUGCUUUCGCAGCUUGAAGUCAAUUCAACUCCACCAUCUCUAGACGAGCAGUCCAUUAAUGAAGAAGACAAGCCUAGCGUCAACGGUGCCGGAUCAUCUUUGACGAUACGCCGCGUCUCCGCAUCUCAGCUGUCGUUCUUUCCGCCCCCAUCGUCCAGUUCCCUCUCAUUAUCCUCGUCCAUCUCUCACACAGUAUCGCGCUCCGCGAAUAAUAGUCUUAGACGAGACGCGAUACCUUUCAGAGCAACUCCGUCUAAUUAUUCGUUUCUCACAAUGUCGGCCUCGCUGUCAAUCCCUGACGCGGCGGUUGCUACGGCAUUAACUGUGCCGUCGGCGAAUAGCCUGUCUGGGCGCGGUCAGAUCCCAUCAUUGUCAACCUUGUUCAGCGGUCUCCCUAUUGGACGCAUUUCUUUCGAUUCAAACACUUCUACGCCGAGUCAGGUCAGCGACGAUCAAGAGCACGAAAUGAAUGACGUUUCGCACCGCAACUCGUUGGACGAACCACGCGACAUACGUGACCCUCGGCCGCGCACUCCCUCCGCCAAGCCUUCGCCUAACGCGAAGGUAUCUCCGCGACAGAAUGGGCUCGAACUGCGUCUAUUUCCUGAAAUGCAGGGUGGACACUUCCCUGAGAUCACAGCGUCCAGGGACACCCGAGCAACCCGUACCCCGACGAAAGACCCGAAGACAGCCGUGUACGUCAGCCCCGACCGGCGCAUACUUGCGCCGGAGACCGUCCGCACAUCGCAGUUGGAGCCAUCGCCCGCCAUGCAGCUGCCGCUGCGGCCUGGACGGAGUAGAGACGGGUGAGGGUCGAGAAUGCGGUUGGCGUGCUUCUCUCUGCGCACCGCGAACUGCGUGUUCUAUUACGUCUGCCGACAGGCGUUUGGUUGAACCGAGAAGACUCGCUCGUGCAACAUGGCGAGAGAACCGCAGUGGAUCGGCGCCGAGAGCCGCUAUUUUUCGUAGGGUGCAGGGGUAGGAGCGGCUGUGCGAGCCACGGCAAGGGUUCGCCUUGUCGGCGCAAGGUCUCUGAGCCGAGACCGGGUGCGCCUACAGGGGAGGAGAAGUGGCAGGGCGUCGUCGCGUUUCUCUAUUCGCGCCUCGUCGUUGCCAGUGUGUCAGCCUACAGGACGGAGUCAGCAGGAAGCGUCACGGCCGACGCAUCUGGCGGUGAUCCCAAAUACCGGUUUCGAAGACUCCACGGCCGCAGCGGCCGGUUCGUUGACAUUCCUCCCUGCGCCGUCGCGUAGCUUUAACCGACUACUGUCUAACGGACAGAACCGCCGCGACCGACGUCGGGUGGACCCACAUCGUACCCCGCGGCAGGUGGAUUGCGAUGUCGCGGAGGAAACUGUGUUCGCUGUCAGAGUCAGGGUCCUUGCUGUCAGUGUUCGCAGCGGCGGCGAGCUUAGUGAUGCGCUCUCUUGAUCGUUUACCCCAUUUGUUAGGCUCUUAAGGUUCGCCCUU